AUGGUUGCCUCUGAAGCCGACCUGCUCGCGCGCCCCCGCACGGAGCUGCAGCUGCUCGCGAAGCAGCACGGCAUCAAGGCGAACCGCAAGUCCGAGAUCAUCGCCAAGGAGGUGCACGCGCGGCUCACCCUGCUGGACACCUCCGUCCCCGGCGACGAGAGGCGCGACAAGGAGAACGCCUUCAAGGCGCGGCCGGCGCCCAAGAACGUGCUCGACUCGGCCGGCGACCUCGGCGUGCCGCGGGUGCAGAAAAAGAAGUCCACCCAGGUGAAGGAGUUCCGCCUCUCCGAGGGGCGGCGACGCUCCGCGCGCAUCAGCCUCUCGACGAUCUCGGCGCCGUCGCUCAUCGAAGAGUCGCCUGCGCCGGGGCGCAAGGGCGCGAGGACGCCGGGCUCCGUCCGCUGGGCAGACGACGUCUGCUCGCCGUCUCCGUCGCGCGACCGGCUGCACAAGGUGGCCAAGGCGAUUGGUGACGAGGCGGACGCCGAGGAGGCGGCGGAGGAGGGCGCCGCACCAGCCGACAGGGAGAUGGCAGAGGUCGAGGCGUCGGCCGACGAGCCCCCCCCAGAGGAGGCCGAGGCCGAGAUGGGAGAGGCGGAGGAGGCUGCGCAGGCGGGGGAGGCUGCGCAGGCGGAGGUUGCAACCGAGGCCGGAGAGAAGCCGGCGGAGGAGGCGGCGCCGCCACGGGCUGCGCAGGAGGGCGGCGUGGGCUCCGAGCGCAAGGCGGCGGCGUCCUUCGGAGGGCGAACCGCCGACCGCUUCGCCGAGCUGUACAAGGCUCCGGCGGGGCCAUCGGUGGGCACGUACGGCGUCUGCGCCAAGCCAGGCGCCACCCCGAUCGGCAGACGCAACAAGGCGGUGCUGCCGUUUGCGGUGGGGAAAGAGGUCUGCGAGCGCUUCGCUGGAAAGGACACCAUCUACGCCACCUCGGUCGCGCCGCCGCCGAGCGCGUACGAGGCUGCGGCGCACGACGCGCAGGGCAGCGGCGCAGUCGGGUCGACGUCGAUGUCGGUGCCCGCUUUCGACAAGGCGGGCACGGAGCGUUUCGCCGGGCAAGACUCGAUCUACGCCACCUCGGUCGCGCCGCCGCCGAGCGCGUACGAGGCUGCGGCGCACGACGCGCAGGGCAGCGGCGCAGUCGGGUCGACGUCGAUGUCGGUGCCCGCUUUCGACAAGGCGGGCACGGAGCGUUUCGCCGGGCAAGACUCGAUCUACGCCACCUCGGUCGCGCCGCCGCCGAGCGCGUACGAGGCUGCGGCGCACGACGCGCAGGGCAGCGGCGCAGUCGGGUCGACGUCGAUGUCGGUGCCCGCUUUCGACAAGGCGGGCACGGAGCGUUUCGCCGGGCAAGACUCGAUCUACGCCACGUCGGUCGCGCCGCCGCCGAGCGCGUACGAGGCUGCGGCGCACGACGCGCAGGGCAGCGGCGCAGUCGGGUCGACGUCGAUGUCGGUGCCCGCUUUCGACAAGGCGGGGACGGAGCGCUUCGCCGGGCAAGACUCGAUCUACGCCACGUCGGUCGCGCCGCCGCCGAGCGCGUACGAGGCUGCGGCGCACGACGCGCAGGGCAGCGGCGCAGUCGGGUCGACGUCGAUGUCGGUGCCCGCUUUCGACAAGGCGGGCACGGAGCGCUUCGCCGGGCAAGACUCGAUCUACGCCACGUCGGUCGCGCCGCCGCCGAGCGCGUACGAGGCUGCGGCGCACGACGCGCAGGGCAGCGGCGCAGUCGGGUCGACGUCGAUGUCGGUGCCCGCUUUCGACAAGGCGGGCACGGAGCGCUUCGCCGGGCAAGACUCGAUCUACGCCACGUCGGUCGCGCCGCCGCCGAGCGCGUACGAGGCUGCGGCGCACGACGCGCAGGGCAGCGGCGCAGUCGGGUCGACGUCGAUGUCGGUGCCCGCUUUCGACAAGGCGGGCACGGAGCGCUUCGCCGGGCAAGACUCGAUCUACGCCACGUCGGUCGCGCCGCCGCCGAGCGCGUACGAGGCUGCGGCGCACGACGCGCAGGGCAGCGGCGCAGUCGGGUCGACGUCGAUGUCGGUGCCCGCUUUCGACAAGGCGGGCACGGAGCGCUUCGCGGACGACCAUUCUAUCUACCGGAAGGGCUUGCGCAAGUCCACCGUCGGCGCGCACCAGUGCCUUGAUUUGGGCAAUCGACGACCCCUUGGCCGCGGCGCCGAGCUCAAGGCUGCCCUGAAGUCCAUCUCGGAUCGGAUCGGCCCCCGCGAGUAG